AUGGCCGCACAGGACGAGUUAGAAUUGUUGGAAAGGGUCUUUCUGAGAGUUGGGUCUGCUGAAACUGAUGAACAGCUUCAAAAUGUGGUUUCUAAAUUCCUAGCUCCUGUACUUCUCAAGCUAUCAAGUCAACAGGAAGGAGUCCGGAAAAAGGUAUGUCAUAUAUUCAAUAUAAAUCCCACUCUUUGGAUGGUGAACUCUAUGAUGGGGACAGUGUAUGAUAUAUGUUAUGGUACAUUGUACAUCCUUCUCUUUGGAUGGUUGACUGUAUAUGUCAUGAGAGUUCCUAGUCUUGUAGCAAAAGAUAUUGGUAUGGUUCAACAGUUUUUUGAUGCAAUGUGCAAGGAAGAUAAAGACACCCGAUUACAUGUACAAGAGGCUCUAUCUAUGAUGUCACCAGCAUUAAAGAACUUAGAAGGACCUAAUCUCAAAUUAAUGGAGGCAUUGAUAAUGAGUAACAUAGAAAAUAAUGAAGCUCAAGCUAGGGUGAUAGCAGUACAGUAUGCUAUCUCUGUAUUCCCUCCUAGUCACAUACCAUCAAGAUAUGCACUUCUAUUGGCAACUGGAGAUGUCAAAGAAGAUGUGCAUUCUGAGGCCACAAAAGCACUGAGAAAUCCUUCUAAACCAGAGGAUGGGAACAUCAAGGAUUGGAAACCAUUUCCUUCUUUUACAGAAUUAACUGAGUACAUCCAGGAUAAGUCUAGUCAACGAUUGAAAAGUCAGUCCAGAUAUGUUGUAGGGACCACCAGUUUACCUUUUAACCCAACUACUUACAAUGAGGUAUUACUGUACAUGCGUAUGUGUCUGGCCCAUGAUUCAGGACUAUCCCUAGAAUCAGAUCUCAGUAAUCCAACUAUAGAGCAUGCACCUGCUAUUAGUCAGUAUGUGACUAAGUUACUGAAGACUAGCAAAGAUCACAGUGCCAUACAGACAUAUAUAGAUAUGACUACAAAGCUGCUGGCUACAUCACAUGGACAUGUAUCUAUGUAUUGCUUGUUAGAAAUCAUUGCUGUGGCUUCUGGUAAACUAGCUUCUCAGAUUGUUGACAAGCUGGAGUGGAUUAAGGGUCUGAUGCAUUCAAGUCGUGAAGAAAUGAGAGAGAAUGCAUCUCAUUUGUUUGCUGUUGUAGCAUGUACAAUGGAGAGUGAAAGGUUAUUACAAGUAAUAAAAGAACUUACAAAGAAUGUCAGCAGUAAUAAGACACUAGAGAUGCAACAUGGAUCUUUAUUAGCCCUGGGUUACCUCAUUGGUAGAUAUCUGUAUCAGAGGAAAUCUGGGAUCACUGUAGAUGAUAUGGAAACAGAUUUGGAAGACAGUGUGGUGUCUGAACAGUUGAAUGAAACCAUUGGAGAUGCUGUGAGAGUUAUUACUGGAAUGUUUGAGAGUUCACAAGCUAUGCUGAAUGGUGGUGCCUGCUUGGCUAUUGGCGAAAUUGGUAGAAAUGGAAGGUUGUCAUUACCACCAGGAGAAGAAGAAAAUGAUGAUGUCUCUGAAGGAAAUCAGAAGAAAAGAGCCAAGAAGAAAGAAUCCCCUGUGAAGGAACUUAGUAUGUUAUCAGUGGUAGAUACACUAUCUCAGAAAAUUCAGUCUUCUAAAGAACCACAUCAGGUGAAAGAGAAGGCUUGCACUGCUCUCGGAUAUUUACCAGUUGGUGAUCCAGAAUUCCCUCAUACAAGAAAACUAAUUCAUGGUUUACUUGACUCUACUAAAGAAAGACAAGUCAAUCUGCAGUUCUCAGUUGGUGAAGCACUUAACUUUGCUGCAUUAGGUAGCAGUUCAUCUGCUGCUAGAGACAUGUGGACAGUAGAAGAGGCUGAGUUUUCUGUGAAAGACAUUGGAAAAGCAGAUGAAAUGGAAUGGGUAUUAGACAUUGUGUUGAGAAGAUAUGUAACUAAUGAAGUACCCCAUGUUAGACAGGAAUCAGUAAGACAAGCAGCUGACAGUGCACUGAGAACUCUAAGCAGGGUAUCUAUCAGACUAUGUGAUAUUAAUAAUGGUAAAAUUGGUGAGCAAGCAAUUGGUUUAGUAUUGCCAAUAUUACUCAAAGAACUCACCAGCAAAGUUGAAGAAGUCAGAUCAAUCUGUCUGCAAACCUUGGUGAAGAUGAGUAAGAAUGCUGGUCAACUAUUAAAGCCCCAUAUCAGUCAAUUAGUGAUUGCUUUAUUGGAAUCAUUGAGUGAGUUAGAACCACAGGUUAUGAACUAUCUGGCAUUACAUGUCAGUAACUAUAAAGAAACACAAGAAAAGUUGGACAAUGCCAGAAUUGCUGCAUCCAAAUCUUCUCCUAUGAUGGAUACCAUCAAUUUUUGUGUGCAAUAUAUAGAUGGGACUGUAUUAACUGAAUUAGUACCAAGGAUAACAGAUUUAAUAAGAAGUGGAAUUGGUGUUGGAACAAAAGCUGGCUGUGCUAAUUUUAUUAUUAUGCUAACACAUCAGUGCCCACAAGAUUUACAGCCCUUUGCAGGUAAACUACUGAGUGCCCAUCUGGUUGGUCUGAAUGACAGGAGUGCGGCUGUACGUAAAGCUAAUGCAACAGCACUAGGACACAUUGUUAAGGUAGCAAAAGAUAGCAGUACUGAAAAACUGGUGAUAAAAUUACGGACAUGGUAUUUGGAAAAAGAAGAAGAGAAUAUACAUAUAGCUUGUGGUGUGACAUUACAAGCCAUGGCUAGAUAUGCUCCAGAUGUCUUGAAAAGACAUGCAUCAAUUGCUUUACCACUAGCCUUCUUAGCUAUGCAUGAAAAGAAGCCAGAAGGUGAGGAUGAUGGCAAACAAACACCAUGGGAAGAAGUCUGGUUAGAUUGUACUCCAGGUACUGAAAGUGGUAUUCGAUUGUACAUUGCUGAAAUAGUAGUUAUCACAGAACAUAUGUUAAAUUCUCAGUCAUGGCAUAUGAAAUCCCAAGCUGCAUCAGCUAUGAGCACUGUGGCCAAUAAAUUAUCAUCCACUCUAAAACCACCACAUCUUGGUAUUCUACUCAAAGCUUUACUUAAAGGUUUAUCAGGAAGAACAUGGGAUGGCAAGGAAGCAUUAUUGAAAGCUGUACAAUCUUUAUGUGUGUCAUGCAAAGAUGUGUUACAGAAUCCUCCAAAUGAUGCUGGAGAGCAGCCAUCAAUGGAAGAAGUGCUAACAGUUUUAAUCAGAGAGUGUAAAAAAGAGAAAAAAGAAUACAAAAUAGAAGCUUUGUAUUGUCUAGCUGCGAUAGUGGAGGCACAAGAAGUGGAUAAGUUUGAACAAUUCAGCGAAAUAUUAUUUCCUGUUAUAUCUGAGGAAAGAAAAAAUGGUGAUGAUGAGGAUGAUGAUGAUGCAGAUGUGAUAAUGAAGGAUAGAGAAAUCAAGUUGGAAUACAAAUCCUGUGCCUAUGAAUGUCUAGGGAAAGCAUGGCCAACCAGUAAAGAGACACAAGCAACUUAUCAAGUUGAGUUCUGUAAAUUAUUGAGUCGUGGACUUAAAGUAACUACAAUCAAAAUCCAGUUGAAGAUCAUCAAGUCCAUUGAAUUAUUCAUAGAAAGGUUAUGCUUAUUUGAUAUGGAAGAUGUGCUUUCUAAAGAUGAGAUGGAAAUUCUUACUGAGUUACUCAAUCACUUUGUUGCUCCACUUUGUCAGUGUUUAGGAUAUGCAAAAUAUGGUGCUUUAAAACUUGAUGUUGUUAAAGUUUUAGGGAAAUUAGUAACAAAAGUCAAAGAUAAAAAUUUAACAUCUGUUUUGAGUGAUGAAUUACGGAAUAUCCUGGUAAAAUCCCUUGAUGUGACAUCAUCAGAAUCACAUCCACAACUCAAAGACAAUGCAACAGGUCUAAAGAAGAUAAUUAAAGAAAUGCAAUAAACCAUCUCUUAAUUCCUUUUAUACUUCUUAAUGAUUCUAUCAUUGCUUUUUACUUUGAUUCUAAUGAUCAGAUUGCCUCUCAAAUAAAAACAUUAACUUAUU